ACGCUCCUCACAGUCCUGUCUUCGUGCGAGCGAGUGAUCGAUGUCCGAGCGGAGGAAGGGAAAGGAAGAAGAAAGGGAAGCGAAAGGGAGCGUCGAGGAGCUGACGAGGAGGAGCGCUUGCGUAGCGUUCUUGGGGACUGCCGGGCGAUCGAUUAGUGGGCGUGAAGAUUGCGGGCGCGGUGAUGAGCGUCGAGGCGGUCGCGGUGUGUGGGCCUGGGCCGCGCGUGAUGUUGGCAGCCGGUCAAUUUUAGCUUUGCUUUUCUUGCUGCUUCUGCCGAGGCCCCCGGGCGACCUUGGCUUGCCGGUUCUGCCCCACCACCGACACCACCCGUGCGCAAUUGGGCUCUGCUCCAUUAGCUCCGUGGUGAGCGACGAGUGCCGGCGUUCUCUCGCAGGUAAAUUCCGCCCCGCGAGACGGGAAUUCGAGUGUCGCCGGUGACCGUAUUGAGACUUGGAACAGGGCCGGUGAUCCGUGGCGCAGCAAUUCGUCGCGAAGGUAUGGGAUGCGUUACUGGGCCGGAUCGGCGAAAUUCUAUUACCCGCUGUCUUCUUGCUAUGACCGACCGAAGGGCCUGAUAAGUCGGACCGAAAGUCGCUGCAUUUGCUCGCUCGCUCUCGAUUCUUGAGAAACCCUCGGACGCCUGUAUUUGUUCUUGAAUGUCGACCUUGGGCAGAUGCACCGGGAUGCACUGAAAUGCGCUGUAAUUCGCUCGAAUGCACCGUAAUGCUUUUGCAAGUGUCUGGUCGAGCUUUGCGCAACGAGGGAUCACUUGCGUGCCUUGUUUUGCUGCGAUGCUGUUGGGUACCGUCCGGGGAGUGUGGACAUCGGGAGCUCUGGUGUGAGAUCUUCGCGGACGAUGCGAGAUUUUCAUGUUGAUUGGCACUCUUUCGUGGUUGAAGGUUCGCUGACAGGUUGUCAGAGAUUGUGGUGGGCGACGAGGCGGUGGGACGGCCUCGACCACCUUGGGGAACCAUGCACAAAUCAGAGCUGUACAGAUGCGGGUCCAGGGAGAUAUGGCAGAGGCAGACGGGCAACCUGCACCCGAUUGCCUUCGCCCGGAAAAGCGGCGGCUGCGAGGAUCUAAUCAAGCGUCUGAAGCUUUUCACCAAAUUGGAAUGGCACGAUGGUUGCGUCAAUACGGUUCAUUUCAAUCCGAGCGGAGAGCUGUUAGUUUCCGCAUCGGACGACACAGAAAUCGUCAUUUGGGACUGGGCGGCCAACAUCAGAAAGCUUUCUUACCCAUCGGGCCACCACCAAAAUGUCUUCCAAGCCAGGAUCAUGCCAUUCUCUGACGACCGAAGCAUCGUGAGCUGUGCCGCCGAUGGCCAAGUCCGGCACGGUGAGAUUUCCGAGACAGGGCGCGUGACUACGAAGAAACUGGCCAAGCACAGGGGGCGGGCGCACAAGCUCGCAAUCGAACCAGGAAGCCCGCGGACUUUCUUCAGCUGCGGAGAAGACGGCGUCGUGCAACAUUUUGAUCUCCGCGAGGAGAAGAGCACCAAGCUGUUCACCUGCAACACUCCGGGCCGCAAACAUCGGAGAUCGAAGAGCGUGGUCCGGCUCAACACAAUUGCCAUCAAUCCCCGCAAUCCUCACUACUUUGCCAUCGGGGGUUCCGACGAGUACGCGCGAGUUUACGACAUCCGCAAGGUGGCUAUGGAUGGCGCGGAUGUGCAACCCGUGGAUUGCUUCUCUCCGGCCCAUCUCGUCGGGGAUGACACGGUUCACAUCACGUGCGUUGCGUAUUCUCAGCAAGAAGAGUUACUCGCUUCGUACAAUGAUGAGCUAGUUUAUUUGUUCGACAAGGACAUGGGCAUGGGACCCGAUCCUUUGACCUGGCAGAAAGAACACCGUCACGGUGGCGGUGAACCGAUCCAAGAUCCGAAGCCGCUCGUGUUCGUCGGUCACAGAAACUCGAAGACGGUGAAAGGUGUGAAUUUCUUCGGGCCGAAUACAGAGUACGUCGUGAGCGGAUCUGAUUGUGGGUGGAUUUACAUAUGGAGGAAGAGAGACGGCAAGCUGGUCAACAUGUUGCACGGAGACGCUCAGGUGGUGAACUGCUUGGAACCACACCCAUUCAUCACAGUUCUUGCCACUAGCGGGAUCGAGCGAGACGUCAAAAUCUGGACUCCCACGUCAGAUCGGCUAGGCUCGUUGCCAGCUGAUGCCAACAAGACCAUGGAGAAAAACAGGCGUGAGAGGGAGGAAGGGCCUCACAUAUCGCACAUCGAACCCAGGGUGUUUAUGCAUGUCAUGCGUUUGCAGAGCCGGGCGGCAGAGAGAGAUAGACAGGUUGACCGUUUAACGAUGCACAGCGCUGAGUUUGACAUCGACGACCACGAUCAUGACUAUGGAGAAAAUGCGGACAGCAACAGCUCCGAUGAAGACUCUUCGGACGAGGGUUCCCGCAUGGGUCCACGGGAAUGUAUUAUCAGCUGACCAAGAACGGUGUCGAGAAAAACGUUUUGUUCGGAAUGAAUUACCCCGCACCGGUCUGAAUUACGUCUAGGUUUGAGGUAGAUUGAACUAUCUGAAGGCGAAGCUUCCGUCGUUAUAUAUGUGCAUUUCUGUUCCAAUAUAUUGGGUUACGUUUGGGUCCUGUCCGACCCGGACACAUCUUGUAGUCCACAUUCUGAGAGGCACACCCCUCGGUGGUGGAACAUGAAAGCCAAGAAGACGGACUGGAGAAGUGUAGAGAGUAUAGUUGACACGUACAGGCCAGUGUCCAAGAGGGGUUCUCUGGAUUAUAUCCGUGUAUGUAUAUUGGCUGUAUAUACAGGCUGCUUGAUUCUUCUGAUGCGGAGAGGCUUUGACGAUGUCGGAAUCGAGGAUGGGCAUCUGAAUCUGCUCCUAAGGGGAGGACGAAUGGAAGGCACCGUCAGUGAGUCUUUUGACCUUCGGGAAGUGGACCGAGCGAGGGCUUUCGAGGUAGCUUCAAGUGUCUCGAGGGAGCGAUUGAUUUGCUGAGCACGAGUGAAGGGGUUCUGAGAGAGGAGCAGUAAGGUGCAGGGGAAGACCUUGCAGGCUUCGAGUCAUAUGUCAGAACAAUCAACGCGUAUACGAAGCCCACCAUGGGCAUAGUCUUCACUCGAUUGGGGAGAACAUGAAGGCCGAUGGCUUCAGAUGGACCCUAGUUACGAUCGGAUCAUUCUGAACGGGCAGGAGUACGACUGACCUUGUAUAUUGCUCAGAGGAAAGCUGAGCGUAGAUUUGUAAGCGGCCGUCAACAGCGAAUCUCAGAGAGAAGCAGAAAAGAGGUAUAAUCCCCAUCAGGACCAGGAACGGAAUGAAGGUCACAUUUCUCGUAAAAUAUGCUGGGGAUAGUGGCGAUCAGUAUAUUGCAUCUACAGCAGUAUUGAUGAUACUCCACAACCUGUCGUGCGACAACACCUCCGCUUGUUGCCCAAGGACAACAAGGUAUAUGCUACAGAGGCCAAACCGAAUACUCCUUCUGGUACUAGCCCGUGGUUAAGAAGUUAUGCGACGGUUUUGGAACAGAAAUUCCUUUACCCUGGGACGCGUUGAGUAGGUGAUGGAGGUCCUCAAGGGUUUCGAACUUGUCACUCCGUUUAAUAGUCGUCUUUACUCUGGAGUAAGGAAUCAAUUGCACCGAUGAUUUGUGAAUGGUGAGGAGUUGCUUCGCAUGGCCUUAGAUAUAGGAAUCAAUUAAUUUUUGUUCGUUGGUCAAGCGGUUUGUCGAGUCGAGACGAACAACUCUUGAGACUUUUGUCAAGGGCAUGUGAAGGGUGAGCAUGGGAUUCACUGGUGUGCUUAUGCAUAGCGAAUCGUAUCCAUGAGCGUGGUACCCACUUCUUACCUCUGCCCUGCAUGGGAAGAAAUUAUAUGAUACUUUCUAACGUAAUGACUUAUUAUGAUACGAUGGAAAUUUGGCAUUGAAAGAAAAAUGUGACGCAAGGAGACCGUACGGAAGAAGACUGCACCAGAGCAAACUGAUUGCAGCUUAAGUUGAACGCCAUCGAGACCUGCAUAGGAUUUUCUCGAAGACUGCACAAAUAGCGGUGCUUGGUCGGUUUAGACGAGAACCGUAAGAAGGCAGAGUGGUCAGUGUCAAAUUGAAUCGGAGAUAGCUUCAGGAGAAGCUAUCUCACAGAAGCGGGAGGCCUUUUGAACCGACCAGUUUGGCUCAGCGAUGACGCGGACGGCCGAACUGUGGUUGGGAAAGUUUUUUCCAAGCUCAGAAGCGCUCCUCUGGGUUCUGGGCUUGUGGAGCUUUUGGGAUACUAAUAUAGGAACGUGGUCGUAUGACAGCCAGUGAUCGAUCAUGGCGUUUCGAUGUCUGGCCCAUGCUUGUCCAGGCGAUGCUCGUUUGCUACGAUACUCUGUCAUGCUCCAGCACUCUUACUUUCGCGAAGCUGAAGCAUGAAUUUUCUGCAAGUUUCCUGAAAGAGGACUUUCUAAUUUCACAAAUCGUUCACCAGAAGGAUUGUUUUCCUUG